AUGACCCAGAUCGACGGCAAGGCAAUCGCCAAGAAGCUCGUUGAGCUGACGUCAAGUCUCAAAGGUCUUCCAGCCACUGAUUAUGCCGGCCGGAUUCAUUACAAGGCCGCUUUAUGCAGGCGAGCCAUGGAAUUCCGGGUCAAAAGCAUGCUGGAUAUGGGAACCCCAUGGCCCGGUUAUGAUAACCAGCCGGGCUCUCCUUCGCUUGCCGGGUACGCGAUUCCCGAUGCAUUCAAUUACCUGGCCCAGACAGCCGUCGCUCGUGCCAUGAAAGACUUGAACAGCCAGCUUCAGUCCAAGAUCGACAUGGUGAUUUGCGAUGAAGUGUACAACGACCAGAUGGCGAAGCUCGCCUACUUGUGCUUCGUGGAGCAUAUCAACGCGACCCUCCAUGACAAACCGAUAGAGGUUUACGACGACAAAAUCAUCUCGGUCAGAAAAGUCAGGGAUCUUCGCGAUCUCAGAAUGCUGACAUGGAAGUUUGACGCCGGCUUUGGUCACAACGUUGUCGGGGAUCAGAUGAAGCCACUGCUGACGUACCUUCCAUUCAUUGAGAAGAUCAUCGAGGAGGAUGCCGCGCACGGAGACAAUCUUCGCAGCAUGUCGAUUCUGUUCCUGGCAGACUUCAUGACUGGCGACCCGUACACCGCGGAGAACCGCAAGGACUUCGUCUUCAAGUCGUCCUUUGAGAUCUUGGAGCAAUGGUCACGCGCUCUUUGGGAGCGCAAAGGCAAGGGAAAUCCAUCGGAGACCAAGAAGAUUGUCGCCUUUUGCGGCAAGGCUGCAACCGCUGUGUAUCUGCCCUCCGAUAGCUCGGCAAUUCCCUCCACCUACGACGUGACCACCAAGGUAUACCGAGAAAUCACGAAAAGGGACCAGAAGCACGACUCUUACAAAGACGAAGUGCGACAGGCGAUCAAGGACCUAAUAGAAGAUGACCUGAACACCUGGAAAUCCAUCUACCAGGGGGUAAGCAACGCUUGGUCCACGGCGUCAUACCCUUACUGGAGAGAUGCUGUCAAGAAGGGUAUGCAAAAAGACCAUGAAGCCGUCAUCAAACAAUGGGUGACUGAUGGAUACUUCUGGGAGAAUGAACUGCCCUACGGAAGCAAAAAAAUGCUCAGAAAAUCUUUCGCUCGGAAUGGUGCAUACAUUGUCGCCGGUAAUUGGAUCACCUUGGCUGAUGGCAGCUAUCGCAAGGUCGAAACACUGAAAGUCAACGAUGUGCUGCUGACAUCGGCAACGGGGGACACCGACCCAGUCAAGGUUUCUCGAGAGAUGCACCCCAUGGAGCUCACGGCAGGGCUCAUCGGUUUCAAUGGUGAGGAACCAUUCGCCACGCCUGCUCAGGUGUUCCACACUACUACUGGUCUUCGCGCCGUCAACCCGCAGGCCGCAAUGAAGCAGAAUCCCUGGGCCAAAAUCGGGCGCUUGGCUGUUGGUCACAUUUUGUACCGCCACAGCCAAAAUCCAUCGGCUCAAAGUGAGUAUGAGCUUGAUUUAGUCAAGUCGAUCGAAAGGACGACUCCAGAAAAGCGGAUGGUAUUCGCCCUUGGGUUGGACAAUGGCGUCCGUUCCCACCACGUCAACAGAUAUCUCGCCAAUGUGAACGAUCCCGAGAUUCGCCUCGAUGAUGUGUCCGCGCUGCUUUCAAAGUUCUCUGCGGCCGAUCAGAUGCGCAUCCUGUCAUCUGCCAAAGAGAUUAACCCCAUGCUCAACACUUUCGACUCGCAGACGAUCUGGGAGCGCUUGCAAAUCGAAUUGCUUGAAGCCAAGUCUCAGGCCAUGGAUCCGUGGAAGGUCUCAACAUACUCGGCUCCAUUCAGCAGCCCCGGGGCUUAUGCUCACAUUCUACACAACGAUUCCAUCAUGCACCUGGCCAAGUCUUACACACUUAUUCCCCUUGAGCAAGUUCCCAAAUUGCCGAUAAAGAGUCUUCCGGUGAUGAAGCUUCUUGACGGCAAUCUUCUCUUGGAUGACGAGGCUCAAAGCCGUGUGGCGAUGAGCGAAAAGGACAGGACCGUGAGCUGGACUCGCAAGAUUCCUGGCGAGGAGGUCUAUGAGCACGGCCGGGUCGAAAUUUUCACCGGCGAUGAAACUGGGUCGGGCUCAAUUCUCUACUCGUCCGAGGCUCACCCUAGCAGCCUCGACCAGGGCGACAUUAUUAACGUCACAGUGUCUUCCACCUCUAUCGGGUCUUGGGAGCGCAGGUCCGAAUCGUUUCCAACGUCACUUUUGUCGUCUGAAUCGCCUGCCAGCUCCCUGACAGGUGGGAUCAAGUCAGAAUGGGAUAUGACGCUAGACAAGAAGGAGUGGAAAAAGGGCGAGAAGAGAAGCAAGCCGGAAAGUCCAGUCAAAUUCGGCACCAUCUUCACCGGAACCCAUGCGAUUCCCGAAGAGGUCAACAUUUUCGCCGCGACGGUUCCCGUUCUCGACGAGAUUCUGGCGGCCAUUAACAAAGACCGCAAAUCCAGUGGGAAACAGGUUUUGGAUAGUCUCUACACUUCGUUCAUCAACAGGGUCACCGAGAAGGAUGAAGAUGGCGAGACAUCAGUUGUGGAACGACGGUUCAUCAAGGUCUACGAAUCCUCAACUCUGCUGUUCCUCUCAGACCAAGGCCCCGAGUCGACCUCGCCUUUCAAUUUGACGUUCAAGAAGCAUCUCGGAAUCAACGUCACUCUUCCUGUGCUGUUUCAGUCCAUGUAUUUUGACCGAAACUUUGCAGGUAAUGAGAUGUUUGGUGGUGUGUUCGUUCACGACCCAACCAUGCGUGAAAACAAGGGGGCAAGAUACUUUAUCCAUGGCACAUGGAAGGACCCAGCAUUCGGAGACAAGGCGGAUUAUCGCGUCCAGGUGUCCAAGCACUUUGCCAGGAUCGCAACCCCUGGCACCAACAUCAGUAACAGUGCACUGUUUCAACCUGCGGGGGUUACCGCACUUCUGGCUUCCGUGUCACCCAUAAGCACCGAAAAGCUGUACAAGAUGCCGUACAAUAGCAACGAUGUCAACAGUCUGCAACAGGUCCUGAUCAAUGAGGCCAUGUUCUACCACAUGAAAGAGGAUGAUCGUAAGAAGUUCACUAAUAAAGAAUUACCCGAUCCGAGGGUUAUCGGGUCUGAACUCACGCACCAGCUUUCACGCAAUCUUUCGGAGUGGCUCAAAAACGUUUACGCCCCCGCAUUCAUCACGCGCAGCAUCACACAGAUUGACAGGUUCAAGGAACGCCUGCAGAAGAACGGGCAAGCGGAGAAGGUGUGGUACUGGUGGUCAGGAAAUGGGAAGAAAUGCCUCUCCAACGCGAAAGAGUUCAAUCAGUUGAACCGGAUAGCUUCCAUCCGCGCGAUGAAGCAACUGUACAAGUCUCAUCUUGAUCAAGACAUCGGUACCUCUCGGCAGCUGGCUCAAAAGCUCUACACAGUCAUAUCCAGCAAGCCGAAGAUGGAUCAGAUCCUGGAGGAAGACGAUAGAGGAGACAACAUCAACAGACUUUGCGCGAUCAUGUAUACGCUUCAACCCGAGGAAGACUAUUCGUGCAAGUGGUUCAGGUUGAUCACAGACAGAGCAAUCGCCCGGGCCGUCUACUUGCCGUUUAACAAGGACAAAGAUGGACACUACGUUCAAGACUACCUCAAGGACGCCAUGACACAGCUGAUCACAAGAAUCCUUUCCAACGACCCAAAAUUCGCGGGUCCUGUCCGAGACCAGCUGGAGAAGGAUCUGGAGGAGUUCAUGGAGAAGAACGGAAUCAACAAGCAAAUGUCAUUGGAAAAAAAGGUCAGCGCUUGUGUAGCGCUCAUGUCCGCCUUCACAGUUGAGGUGGCCAAAUUGCUCGUCAUCACCGGCAACGGGCUUGCCCGGGCUUUCGGUGGUAGUAAGCUCUUCCAGCUGGCUGGAAAGCUGGCCGACAAGGCAGGAAGUGCUGUGAGCCGCAUCCCUCUGGGAACCAAACUUGCGAAAGGCUUGGGGGCACUAUGCGUGGUUGGAUACUUUGUCGGGCAGGUUUUGCCACUUGUUUCAGUCAUCAAAAGCUGGGAUAAGCUCACACCAGCUCAGCGAGCCAUUGGCAUCCUGGAGGCCAUUCGGGCCGUGCUCAACGCCACUGAAAGGGCUGUCCAGGAGUUCAAUGCCUGGCGGAGCCCCAGUACAUCAGAGCCGGUGAAGGCAAGAGAGUCAGCAAUCUUGGACAGUUCAUUGAGUCACGAAAUCACCCAGCCAGCUGGCGAGGGACUUUUUGAAGUCGGUGAAAAGCUGAACCCCGAGGGUGGGGUGAAAGCGACCAUGGCCGACAGGCUGAAGGAAGGCGGCAUGCCAAGCAACGAUGAGCGCAUUUCCGGAGACAGCCAGAUAUGGAGCGAGGAUAAACAAUCAACUCCCAAGAAGCUGCGACCAAACGAGAAAGAGACUGCCAACAAGCUCAGUGCAACGAGCAAAUGGAUUCGAGCGCUCAACAUCGUCUUGGGCUUUGCCGUGGCAGCCGCAAUGACCUAUAGCCUCAUUGAGGAAUGGGACAAGCUCACCGACGUGGGCAAGGUAAUCAGUACCCUCUCAGUCAUUGUCCAGAUCCUUGCCGUCGUUGUGGACGUUCUCGAUUUGGUUAUCGCCACUGGCCUCGUCGUCUCGGCAACCUUGAGCGUAGCAAUACCCAUCGUGGGCGCGGUGCUUGCUCUCAUAGGCAUCGGGCUCAUGAUCGUCAGCAUGUUUGUCGACAUGUACGCAACACAGCCUGCGCCAUCUCCAGUCGACGACUUCAUCAACAAAGUUAUCGGCCCUUUGACCGAGCACUGGCCGAACCCCCCCGGAGCACAAUUGUCGUACGAGUACUCCAAAACAAGAGGCAGCAAUGAGAGCGGGACUGUCACUGUUUCUGGCGAAAACAAGACCAACGAGACGGUUGCUAUCUUGUGCUCGCAGAUGUCUGUCUACGCGGGCCAUAACGACAAGUGUCUUUUCUCUGACGACAGCUUCCAUCUAAGCACCGACAAGGAGGCCAAAGAGGGUGGCACGGUGUCUACCGCUCCGGAGAAUCUCGUUUUUCCGACGCUGGCCCCAACUCUCCUACAGGAGAAGAGACCGGAAAAGUUCUGGGUUCACAACCUAUCACUCAAGGGAGUGUUGGAUGAGAAAACGAACCCUAUGUCCAGCAUCAAACUUGAGAAGGGCAAGAAGCUCAGUGCCGCCUGGACUGGCAAGCUCAAAGCAAAGAGUACGAUUGACAUAAUCGAGGUCUUCACUAACGGGGACAAGGCCCAUAGAAUCUUGCAGGUAACCCUUUGA